AGAGUUUUAUAAAUAUUUGCAUUACGAGUAGAAAUUUGUUUGAUUUCUUAAGGCUAGAGAGGAUCAAGUGAGUGUUCAGUUUAAGGUUUUUUUUACAAAUUUUCUCAACAAUACAAUGGAGAAAACCCAAAUGAUGGUGGACUCAAAUGGUGACAAUCAGAAUAAUAAUUAUGAUCGAAUGAAAGAAUUGAAGUCUUUUGAUGAAACCAAAAUUGGGGUGAGAGGAUUGGUUGAUUCAGGAAUCAAAAAGAUCCCAAAGAUCUUUAUUUUCCCACCAACGGAUGAUGCUGACAUCAAUAAGAAUUUGGAUUCAUAUUCUGAAUCAUCAAAAGAAUUUAGCAUCCCUAUUAUCGACCUUGGAGACAUUAAAAAAGGUGAUGAUCGGAAGCGCAAGAUGAUCAUUGAUCAAGUCAUAAGCUCAUGUGAGAAGUAUGGUUUCUUUCAAAUAGUGAACCAUGGAGUUCCCAAAAAUCUUAUGGAUGAAAUGCUGGAAAAAGCACGCAUGGUUCAUGAGCAACCGGCUGAGGCUAGAGCUUCCUUAUACACACGUAAUCGUGAUAAAAAAUCUAGUUAUGUAAGUAACUUCGAUCUUUUCCAAGCACCAGCUACAACCUGGAGGGACACUUACUACUGUCGCAUGGCUCCAGUACCCCCCAAACCGGAAGAAAUUCCAGUUUUUAUAAGGGAAACAAUAACAGAGUACUCGGUUCAGAUGGAAAAAUUAUGUUUGGAAUUGUUGGAGUUAAUCUCUGAGGGCCUGGGAUUGAAGCAAAACUAUCUCAAGGACAUGGAAUUUGCUAAAGGUUGGGAUUUUCUUUGCCAUUACUAUCCGGAGUGUCCCCAGCCAGAACUCACUUUUGGGAUACAAAAACAUACUGAUGCAGAUUUUCUUACUAUACUGUUGCCGGAUAACCACAUUAGUGGUCUUCAAGUACUUCAUAAGAAUCAAUGGGUUGAUAUCCCUCCUGUACAUGGCGCUCUAAUUGUAAACAUUGGUGAUCUUUUUCAGCUUAUAACCAAUGAUCGACUCAAGAGUGUGGAGCACCGGGUCAUAUGCAACCUCGAGAAACCCCGAAUGUCAGUCGCGUGUUUCUUUAACGGCACUCAUCUUGAACCAUCAACAAGGAAGUAUGGACCUAUAAAAGAGUUGCUUACAGAGACCGACCGUCCUAAAUAUCGAGAAACAACAAUAUGCGAAUACCUUACGGCCCAUUAUGGAAAGGGUCUUGAUGGAGAAUCAGCCCUAACUGCACUAUUCAAGCUUUGAAGAGUUUCUUAAUAAAUAAGAAUGGCCUACAACUUUCGAAUUCACGGUGCUGGUUCACACCUUAAUUUUCAUGUACUAAUAUAUUAUUGGAUAAGACGACAAGACUUUUCAAUUAGUGUAUGUGAAUUUGAUUUGAUUUAAAUAAAAUGUUUGUGGCUGCAAUUAGUGAUUGUGUUUCAAUA